AUGGGUUCCAAAAUCCAUAUUUUAUUGGGUAUCUGGUUACUACAGGCCUUGGUGGUGCCGCCCAUACAGGCGGAUGGUGAGAAAAAGAAAUUAAAAAUUGUCCUCGAUAAGCUGGAGAAGAUCAUUGAUGCUGAACAUUUGGUGAAAACUGAUUUGAGGUUUGAAAAAGCUGAGGGUGAUGAUGAGGUGAAGGUUAAUGGUGUGGUGGAGCAGUUGGUCGAUUUCGAUGAUAACUAUAAGGUCACCUUUGAUAUAUCUCAUUCCGAGGAACAGGAUGGGGAAUACAAGACUGUAAUGAAAACGCCAGAGAAGGGUGUAUGCGAAGUAAUGCAAAGUCAUUAUAAGAAAUUCUUCUACGACAGUUUGAAGGAGCAUUGUAAUGCUCCAGAUCCAGAUGUUUGUCCUGUUACCAAGGAGAAAUAUGAAAUCAUGGAUUAUCCCAUAGAUUCAUCUAAAUUUCAAAAUUAUUUACGUCCUGGUUUCUAUCAUGUUGUGGCUACGGUUAUACACAAUGAAGAGGAGGUAUUGCAAUAUCGCGUGGAGUCCCACACGGAAGAGGAGUCAUAA